CUCGCUCCUUCUCCAAGUUCCAGUGCGUCUUAGCGCACGCAGCUAGACACUCCUGAGACUUUUAAAUCCCUCCUUAAGACUUCAAGGUUGGAGCUCUGCUGGAAGAGAGAGAGAGGGAGAGAGAGAGAGAGAGAAGAUUAAAUACAGCAGCGAGAGCGCAGGGUUUAAAAACAUGUAAAACCCGAGCGCAGCAAUCUUCCUCGCCCAUCUCUGUACGUGAAUUCUUCGCGUUGACUUGCAUGCAAAGCGACCGUUUCCAAAAUUAGCAAUUUCAUGAAUUCACGUAACAUUGCACAUUCUAGCAAUAGUAUCACAGACCGCGAAAUAGGGAAAUACAUAAACCAUGUUGAGAAUGACGAUCCUUUUGCUGUUCUGUUUUGGGAGCCUAUUGUUCGGUUCCGCAGCCGGUACUGGGUUCGUUUACCAGGUUUCAUCGGCGGCUCUGCAGCAUAUGAACCCAGGACAGCGUGUAGGACCCCAUUCUGAAUCCGCCACACACCGCCGGAACUGGUGCCAGUACACGGUGACGAAGAUGGUGUCUUGCCAGGUGCACAACGGCUCGGAGACGGUUGUCCAGCGGGUUUACCAGAGCUGCCGCUGGCCAGGACCCUGUGCCAACGUCGUCAGUUACAGGACCCUCAUCAGGCCCACCUACAGAGUGGCAUACCGCUCGGUGACGGCGCUGGAGUGGAGGUGCUGCCCUGGCUUCCUGGGGGACGACUGCAGCGAGGAGUGUAUGAACUGCAGCAGCUUUUCAGACGUGAACAACAGACUCAGCAUCCUGGAGUCCAAGGUUAUGAUGCUGGGAAAUGCGACGGGAAAUCCAAUGGGAGAUUCAGGGAGACCUGGCAUCUUUGAACCUCCAGAGAAUGAGGUUUACCCGCCUAGACCUGUGCCAGCUGGCCAGCCAGGACCGCAAGGACCCCCUGGCGUCAGGGGCCUACCGGGGCUGCCCGGACCCCCAGGAGAGAGGGGACCAAUUGGGGAGAGCGGCCGCAUCGGACCUGUAGGGCCAGAGGGGCGACCAGGACUCCUUGGUCCAAGGGGGUACCCUGGGGAGACCGGACUACCUGGGCCUCCCGGGCCGCCAGGGCCCCCAGGGCCCCCCAUUCCCAGGGGAGAUGUCUACGGGCUGGAGUCCACAACCGAGGGGGACAAUGGGGAGUCUACCCUGCCCCCCACACAGACUCAGACUGGAAGACCAGGGCCCCCAGGACCAGGGGGCCCCCAAGGCCCCCCUGGAUCAGCCGGCCCCCCAGGGGUCCCAGGACCCCCCGGGCGUGAUGGAGAGGGAGGUUUUCCUGGCCGGCCGGGUGCAAAGGGAGAGGUGGGAGACAGGGGGCCGCCAGGAAGGACAGGGGAAGUGGGCAUGCCUGGAGAACCCGGGUUGAAAGGAGAGAUGGGAGAGCCAGGAGAGAGAGCAGGGGAGGUGAGUGAGGAGGACGAGGGGGUGCAGCAGCUCAGGGAGGCCCUGAAGAUCCUGGCCGAGAGAGUUCUCAUCCUGGAGCACAUGAUUGGCAUCCACGACCCCACCUCCUCAGUGGAGCCUGGCUCCGGAUUGGAUCUAUCAGGAUCCACCCAGCUUCCCAGCAUAAAGAUGAAGAGGGCGGGGUGGGACCACCUCCUCCUGGCUGACAGCAAUCUGAUUGGACAGGACAGUGAGGGGCGGGGCCGCGAGUAGCCUACCUGGGAGGCGUGCAUCGAGAGCUCCGGAUGAAACGGCACACAUUAGCCAGCAGGGGGCUUCGCUAAAGUUGUGACAGCCCAGGCACAAAAGGGAAUCUUUUUAAUCUAUAUUGUAAAACCAAAAAAUGCUUAUACACUUUUUUUUUUUUAAAUCGAUUUAAUCUGCGUGUCACAAAUUUGUACAGUAGCAUCUCAAUCUGACCUGAACCCCCCAGCCCUGGGCCUCUCUUGAGCAGAGCCUGACAGUUUGUGUUGAAUUGUGUGCUGGUUUUGUGGGCAAAUGUCAGUACUGGAUCUGCCACAUUACAUUCCUGUUUGUUUUAUGCUUGCCAACAAAAUGAACAUUUAUUUUUAAUUUCCAAUGCAAAGCCUUGACAUUCAUAUUGUUGUCCUACUGAGCAUACCACAAAUAUUAAUAUUUCCUGCCCUAAAAUUGUCCAGAGCGUGUCUCUGCUGCGUUUCUUGUUUCACAGUAUAUUUAGCCUUCAUUUAAACUUAGUGUGCCGUAUUUCUGAAUUAAUGUGGGUUCUGGAAACUUACAGAAUAUCAGCAACUUGCAUAUUCCACUUCCAUUUAUAGAAACAUCUAAAAUGAUCAUCCAAUUGAGAUCGCACUUGGUACGGACAUUCUUUAGCACUGGAGAGGCCAUGGAUAUAUAUUAAACGUAUGGAUUUGUUACAAGAAGUUAUUCAACAUACUGUGAAUGUAUUCCGUCAGUUUGCAGGGUGCGUAUUCAUGCAUUUCUGAAAAGUAUUGCUGAUAUUUUUAAUCAUUAGUGCAUUCUGAUUCCUACAUGUGAUAUUCCUGUUUAACUCUCUAUCAAAACUCCAGCCGUGGUAUGGAAAUAAGGGAUGGAAAUAAGACUCCCAUUGCACAGCAGUUUGAUCCAUUCCUGGUUUUACUAUGAGUUUAAUAGAACAUACCUGAUCUUGUUACUUAUGCAUUGUGGCUAAUCAAGCUCAUAGUAAAACCUGGAAUGGGUGAAACUGCUAUGCAACAGGAGUCUUGUUUACAUCCCUAAUUUAUCACUUCAGAUUUCUUCUUUAUGAAAAAAAAGCUCUGAUUAUUUCAGAAGAUUUGGAAACAUAGGUCAAAUACAAAGUAGUCACAAAUCAUUCAUCAUUCAAAACUGUAAAGCAGCUGCACGUUGGAGUUAUAAUGGCUUUAUUGAUCCGGUAUCAUCACACUAAAUCCCCAGACUGAUUACUAGAUGUUUGCUGUAAAGAUUCGGACAUGUCUAAGUACAUGCUGUUACAAAGGGCAAGCUACGAAUGGCUCAUUCUCUCAGUUAUGGUUUAUUAAGCUCUUAGGAGAUUUGUGUGAACACCCGGAAAUGAGUUGCUUAUAUUUUUCAGAUUGAUGGAAAUUGCAUGACAUCCCCUUUCCAAAGUGAACAGUGUCUUAUCCAGUGUCUGUGGUGAGGCGCUGUUCAUUACGACCAGUGCUUCGGGAACACAGAAUGUCCAUGUUGAUUUCCUAUUGAAAACGAGAUCACACUUUACCCCAGUGUUGCAUUGCGUUCUGUGUACGAAAGCAAUAACACAGGCACAGCCAAGUCCCUUCAAACACUGAGAACUGGGUCGUCUCAAUACAACCGCAUGCCUUUAGGUUACUGUGCUAAUAAAAUAAUGUAUGUAAGCGAUGCCUACAGGGUGCAGAGUGUAUGAGGCGAUAUCAGUCUUCCAGGUGGAUGUGCGAGAGAAUGAAGGUUGAUUACCAGCAAGUACACUCCAUGCGUUCUUUAGUUCUUGCUGUUGUAUGACAAGAGCUUUGGACUGGAUUUUAAAGUAAUUUCUGUGCUGCUUCUGCUCUGUCUGGUUUAACCGAAUCAGCCAUUCUGCUGCUGCUGCUGCUGUGCUGUGCAUCAAUGGGAGCCUUUGUGACGAUUGUUUAUCAUGCUGUACUUGUAUCAUUGUGAUGAAGCUAAUGGGAGCUGGUGUAGUUUCUUCACAGGUGCUGAUUAAGGGUUGUUCCCCAAAUAGAUUAACUCAAUGUUAAUUCUGUAUAUUAGGGAGUUCUGUGCCUGUUCAUACUGCUUAAUUACAUUGGAGUUUUUGAAAGCUUGCCGCAGCAGGGCCAGCCCCUAUUGCUUGUACUGUAAUCGCUGAUGUGUACGCUUGCUGUGUAGCCUGCUUGUAUGUGUAAAGCAUUCUGCCGCCUUGUUUGCAUAUGGACUUAUAUACAUCUUGCAUUGGAGGGCAAUCGGAAGAACCCUCAGUAUUGCACUGAGAAACCAAACACUCCAAUAAAACAUCUUUGAGUUGA